CAGCCACCCGACACCACAACGACCCAAUCCCCCUCUCCUAUGGACUACACUCGCUGUGUGAGAAGGACUUGUUAUUGCGAAGUCUCUUGUAUAGCAAUAACGGCCACCCUCUUCUGGUUCUCUGUCUUUCUGAACAAACGAUGCCAGUAGCUCGUUCCACGCCCGUACCAACCACCAAGUGAACCUUCUCGCUACGUUCUCGUACUCUCCAGUUCAGGAGGAGAUCAAGGCUGUGAUAGAAAAUCACCAAAAGGCCACUGCUAACCAAGACCGAGAGAGGCUGACAUAGUGAAAAACGUAUCAAGAUUGAGCAACUUUUUCCCUGCCUGUCUCAAGUUUCGAGCUGACAAAAUGUGAAAAGGUGCCCGUUAAAUGUGAAAAAAAUCACUCCACCCAAAGACUCAAGACUGGGCCGUCAGGAGAAUGGUGGCCUUUUUGAGGGAAGGGACUGGUCUGGUCUUUGCUGUGGUACUCCUAAAAGUCUUUGGGGAAUUGGUCUUUAUGGUCGAAGCUAACCCCGUCCGAGGGAAAGGGUUUCUCAUUCACCGUUAUCAAAUAUUCAAAACCUUCCGCGGGGCAUUAUCAUGUCCGAUAUCGCCAAACAUAAUGGAUUUUGGAGUGUCCUUGGAUUUGAUCAGGCUCGUUUGGCAGUGCUUCUAUGACGAAUACAGCAACCGAAAGAGGAACAGGUCGAAUAUACUUAUCGAAAGGAGCAUAAUGCACUUAAUCCAUUGCUCAGAUUUAAUUCUUCUCACGAAGAUGUCAAUUCCUCCUCCUUCUGGAACAGGCUUGCCCUACAUCUGUCCCAACAAGGUUGGAUGGAUGGAUGUUGGUUAGAGAGCCCUUCACAGAAGAGAAGGUUUUGCAUGCUCUAAGGAACAAGCCGACUAAGCAUUCCCAUUCAAAACAUCCAUCCUCUACCUACGAUAAGAUUUUGGAGGACCGCUUGGAACAAGAGGAAAAGAGAGGGUCGGAAGGAAAGGAGGCACCCACUUUGGAAUUCGAUUCUGCUUGAACCACGAGGAUUGCAUUGGAGCAUACCGAUAUUGUCAUCGCAAUAAAACAAUGCAAGAAGGCAUUUGCGAUUGUGAAUACGGAUAUAAACUGGCCACUGGAAGUAACAUCAAAUGCCUUAACGUUUUCACUCGGGAAUGUGAAUCCGAUUUGGAUUGCCCUCCAAAUUCUCAAUGUGAAAGAGCUUUCGGUUUCGAAGGACAAAUUCCGCCGGAAUGGGAAAAGUACAAACCAAAUACUCAGCUCAAAUGCAUCGGUGUGGACGAAUUACCUUAUGGAAUGGGAAUAGAACCUAGAACCGGGGGCGGAUUGCGCCCGGGGAGUGAUUUCAUGGAUCACUAUUACACAUUCGGCAGGAGAAACCGGGUUCAUGCCGGGUUUCAUCCUCAUUAUAUUAAAUUCGUUGAGGACGCUAUGUUAGUCCUCUUUCUGUUCUGUGUUAUGAUCACAUUGCUAGUGGUCCACAGAGCUUCAUGUUACAGACAAUUUAGGAAUUCUCGUCGAAAUGGUCCCUUACGCUACAUAAUUCCACACCGAGACGAUCAGCCUCCGCCCUACAGCCAAUAUGGCGAAGAUCCUCCAGCCGAAGAAAUUUGCUCAACUAGAGCUGUAGAUGCCCCUGACGGUGCUAGGUUGGCAUCUACCCAUGGGAGAGCCAAGGCUGCUGGCUCAAGUCGUCGGGGUGAAACCCCUCCACCCACUUACGACGAGGCUCUUCUCAUUUCUCAGGUGUCUAACACCCCAAUCCCUCUUUAUAUCGCCCUUCCAGAGAGUCCACCCGUGCACCAGGGGAGCCCAGCCCUGAGCCCUUCUGAGCGAUCCGAAGCUCUGGCCAGGUUCGAUACCAUUCCUCCCGCUGAGGCCUCGGCCACUUUGGUCGGUUCCAGCGGAAUGGUCACCCUGAGCGAGUGCGGCAACAAGGGCCAUGCCCAAAUAAUAGAAUCGAAGACACAGGGGGAAAAUUCGAAUGGAGAUCCAGAUCAACCAUUGCUAGAACGAUCUCCGACGGUGCCAGAACAAUCUCAGUCGGCUCAGAUUGAUAUGUAAUGGCCUCUUGAGAAGGUUGUGUGACGGUUUGGUCCUUCCGUUUCCGUGACGAGUUGGUUUGCGCUCGCCGGAAUCGUUUGUCCAGGGUGAUUGAAUUGUUUUGGGGAAAACAGUGAUACAGAACUAGGUUUUGAAAUGCCGAUGACUCUGAUCGGCUCUUUCCUUAGCUCACGAGAUUGUUGAAACGAUUCUAUCUCUAGUUCACUGUGAUACAGAUAUUAUUAUCAAAACGAUAUAACAGCAUUAUAAAUAAAUCCAAUACCCCAGUUCUAUCGA